AUGGAAGUGCAAAAUCGAAUUAAGGCCUACAAAUUUGUCGCUUAUUCCGCGGUGACAUUUAGCAUUGUUGCUGUCCUCUCAGUAUGCAUCACACUUCCAAUGAUUUACAAUUACAUACAUCAUGUAAGGCGACAAAUGCAUACCGAAAUUGCAUUCUGCAAGCAAUCUGCAAAAGAAACUUGGACAGAUGUGGAGCGACUCGGUCAGUAUCCAAUUGUUGGACACAACCGGACAGCUCGUCAGGCAGACCAAUGUGAAGGUUGUUGUAUCACUGGCCCAGCUGGUCCUAAAGGACCACCAGGUAGACCUGGUAAACCAGGUAAGCCUGGUGCUCCAGGCCUUCCAGGUAAUCCUGGAAGACCGCCACCACAACCGUGUGAGCCGGUUACUCCACCACCAUGUAAACCAUGCCCGCCUGGACCACCAGGACCACAAGGAAUGCCAGGGCCACGUGGAGAUCCAGGACCAGAUGGCCCACCAGGUGCACCAGGACUUGAUGGACCACCAGGUGAGACUGGACCACAAGGGCAACAAGGACCACCAGGUACGCCAGGACCUGCUGGACCAAACGGUCCACCUGGACAAAAUGCCCCAGAUGAACCACUUCAACGCGGUGCUCCGGGCGAACCAGGAGAACAAGGACCACAAGGACCAACAGGACGAGCGGGACAACCAGGACAUGAUGGUGCAGCCGGACGACCAGGACCACCAGGUGCACCCGGUGCAGAUGGACAACCUGGAGCGGAUGGUUUACCUGGUGCACCUGGUCCACAAGGGCCACCUGGCAAAGCUGGUGAACGAGGUGUAUGUCCGAAAUAUUGUGCUAUCGAUGGUGGUGUAUUCUUCGAAGAUGGUACCAGACGUUAA